AUGGAACCGCCGCCAUACGAUGAUCCGGACAGGGAUGACUCCAACGAAGUGCUCGAGCCGGUGAUCCUCCUUCUCGCCGGGCAGUCCAUCCACUCUGAAUCGGCAGACUCGGCCCCACUCUAUGAAGUCUCCCGCGGCGUCAGCUCUCUCUCUCAUACAGACCAAACCGUGACAUUCUCCCGCCUGGAGCACAAUGUGCGGACAGAUAGCAGCGGAACCCCCAUUGUGAAGCGCCGCGACAGGCACCUUUUUGACCUCAAGCAUCCGCCCGCUACCAUCUCCACCGACCGGUAUGAUUUCUUCGUGGAGUCGGUGUCCAAAAGGACCUUGGGUAAUAUCGGUUUGAAGAAGAGUUCGAUACCAACCAAGCGGGCCUUCAAGGUUCUGCGCAUGUGCCGUUCAGAGAAAGACGACCAUGUCCUGUUUGAGAUCAAGCAGAAGAAGGACCAGUACGAAUGGAUCGAUUUCAACGAGAGGGCCAUCGCGUUCGAGGACAAGGCAGACAAUCAGUACAGGCUGGUGGUCACGGCAUCCCUGCACCGGGAGACGAUGGACGCGCUUGUGGCUGCUUGGUGCCUGCGUCUGUGGCAUGACUCGGCAUUGGACAAGGAGAAAUCGAUGGGAUGGACUGACUUCAAGAGGGUGUUCGGCGUCAGCCGCAACGAGUUUGCAGGCAAGAGCGCGUUCUACCCCAAUGGGAAGAAAUACCACCCUAUCUCCCAGUCCGGGUCCCAGAUGAGCCCUAACGGUCUGGGUUGGGUCAUCGUGGACGCGCUAGACACGGUGAUGAACCUGACAACUCGACUGGAUGAGCCUCGAAUAUGGCUUCAUCGAAGCCUCAAUUACUAUCAGGACCAAGACGUAAACACCUUCGAGGCGACGAUCCGUAUGCUUGGGGGUCUCCUGUCAGCACACUACUUGACGACGAAACUACCCCACAUUGCCUCUCGCAGAGACGCCGUGUACCUGACGAAGGCCGUAGAGCUGGCAGAACACUUGCUACCGGCCUACGAGUCCCGCUCUGGUAUACCGUACGCGAGUGUGCAUCUUGGCAAGAAGAAAGGUCUGCCAUCGCAUGCAGAUGGCGGAGCCUCGUCGAUGGCAGAGGCUGCCACUCUCCAACUUGAGAUGAAGUACUUGUCGUACCUGACGGGUAAUGCAACAUACUGGCGGAAGGCAGAGAAGGUGAUGAAGGUCCUGGAUGAUAAUGCGGCGAAAGUUGGGUUGCUCCCCAUAUUCGUCCAUCCGCAGACGGGCAACUUCACGACAUCUGAGAUACGACUUGGCAGCAGGGGCGAUUCAUACUAUGAGUAUCUGAUCAAGCAGUAUGUCCAGACUGGUGGCCAAGAGCCAAUAUACCUCGAGAUGUGGGAAGAGUCCCUAGCCGGAAUCGAAAAGCACCUGAUCACCACGACCAAGGAGUCAGGACUCAAGUUCGUCGCUGAACUCCCACAAGGAAUAGGGGGCCCUCUAUCCCCAAAGAUGGACCACCUUGUCUGCUUUCUACCAGGCUCAAUCGCUCUGGGCGCCACAGGAGGCCACACCCUAGCAGAGGCGCGACGAAAGCCGGACUGGAAUGCCGACAAGGAACAGCAGGUAAAGCUAGCAAGAGACCUGAUGAAGACGUGCUGGGGCAUGUACGCCGUCACGGAAACAGGUCUCGCCCCCGAAAUCGCCUGGUUCCACGCGCACGACCGAGACCUUCAGCCCGCCCCGGGCGACCGCCCGGGGACUCCCACCAUCGACUCGCUGUCAUCGUGGAAGAGUGACUUCAUCGUCAAGCCCGCGGACGCGCAUAACCUUCAGCGGCCAGAGACGGUCGAGAGCCUGUUCAUGAUGUGGCGCAUCACCGAGGACCCGCUGUACCGCGAAUGGGGAUGGCAGAUCUUUCAGGCGUUUGAGCAGCACACGAAGGUCGGUGACGGUCGGGGGUAUACGUCGUUGAACGAUUUCAAUGCGGUUCCUCCGCUGACGAGGGAUAAUAUGGAGAGUUUUUGGUUGGCGGAAACGCUCAAAUACCUGUACCUGCUUUUCAGCCCCAGCGAAUUUGUCCCUCUCCACGAGGUGGUGUUCAAUACUGAGGCCCAUGUCUUCCCUGUGUUUCGUCAAGACAAGUGGAAGGCCGGAUGGAGCCGGAAUAGGGGGGUGUAA